UUUUUUUUUCAUUUAUAGAAAAACUAAGUGGGCAUUAAUGCAACAAAAAGCUAUAAGACAAAAAUCCUUGCCCCUCUCUCCACCCUCUCUCCUCGUUGAGUCAUUUCCUCGAACAUAUUUGAUUUGAUACUCCCCUCUUCUUCUUCCUCCUCCUCCUCCUCUUCUUCUUCUUCCUCUCCAACAACACUGACUCCAUUAAUGGCGGCCUCCGCCACCUCCUCCGAAUCGUCGUCUUCUUCCAAGCGCGCUAGGAUCGGCUCCCACCUCGACCAUGAAACCCCACCGAGGAGGAAACGAGCCAAGGAGGAGGAGGAGGAGGAGGAAGAAGAGGAGGAGUACCAGUCUCUGAUCCCGGGGCUCCCGGACCACCUGGCGCAGCUGUGCCUGGCGCAUCUCCCACCUCCGCUGAUCUUCGCCGUGUGCCGCUCAUGGCGACGCCUCCUCUACGCCCCCUCCUUCCCCCCCUUCCUCUCCCUCUACGCCCUCCUCUACGCCGACGACGAGCCCAACGCCGUCGCCUUCGCCUGCUUCGACCCCGUCGCCGCCGCCUGGGUCGAUCUCCCCCCCCCGCCGACGCCGCUGCUGCAGCAGCUCCCGAACCCUAACCCUAAUAGCCCUAAUCUGGGCGUCCUCAUUAGACACCCGUCGUUCCUCUCGCGGCGGCUCCCGCUCCAGAGCGUGGCGGCGGCGGGGCACCUGGCCGUGCUGGCGGGGUCGACGGCGGAGCUGCUGCCGGCGCUGCCGCGGCCGCUGGUGUUCCGGCCGCACCCGGGCCCGCCGCGGUGGCUCCUCGGGCCGGCGCCGCCGCUGGGGCCGCGGCGGUGGUGCGCCGCGGGGGCCGCCCCGGGCGGGGGCGGGGUCUUCCUGGCGAGCGGCGUCGGGCCCCGCCCACACGACCCCGCCCUCGCCCGCUCCGCCGCGCUCUGGCACCCGCGGGACGGCGCGUGGGCGCCGCUCCCGCCGCUCCGGGACGGGCGCUUCAGCCGCGACGCCGCCGAGGCCGUGGGCGCGCGGGGCAAGCUCUGCAUGGUCAACCUGCGCGGCCGCGGCCCCAAGCAGGGGGCCGUCCUCGACCUCCGCCGCCGCGCCUGGGAGCCCAUGCCCCCCGGCAUGCUCGCCGGCUGGUCCGGCCCCGUCGCCGCCGCCGCCGGAGACGACGACGACGACGACGCCGAAGCUGCCAUGUACGUGGUGGACGAGGGCGCGGGGGCGCUCCGGGCCUACGACUGGGGCGGGGACCGGUGGGAGACGCUGCUCGACGCGCCGGAGCUGCUCCGCGGCGCCGCCCAGGUGGCCGCCGGCGGGGGCAGGGUCUGCGUCGUCACCGGAUGCGGCGGCGCCGUCCUCGUCGUCGACGUCUCCUCCUCCUCGCCGGAGCCGGGGACGCCGACGCCGCCGCCGCGCACGUGGGUGGUGGAGCCGCCGCCCGGGAAGCGCGUGCUCGCCGUACACGUGUUGCCGCGGAUGGGCCGCCCCGAAUCAUAGCCGCUCGAUAUUGUCAUAAUAAUAAUAAUUAUAACUAUUAUAAAAUCAUCUUUUUUGUUUCGUAUUAUGUGAUUGUUAUGUUAUAUUUUUAUGUUAAUUAAUAAUAAUUUGUUUAUUUUAUUUUUUUCCUCUGUGGUGGUGAGGGGACGGCAAUCCACGUGCGAAGGAGCACGUGGCGCAGUCAAGGUAUCAAACAUGCGUUGCCUUUUUGGGGAAUAAAUAAAUAAAUAAAUAAU